AUGAACACCAUCGGCAAUUUCUUCAACGGGCGCAUUGCGCGCACCCUACUGAGUGCCAACAACUUCAUCAUCCUCGCUUCGUCUGUGAUCAUCACAGGCAUCCUGUCGUACUUUCUGCGGCACUGGCGCGACAGAGGGACGCACCUGGUGUACAAUGAAGUCAUCGCCGUCCUAACGCUAUUCAUCUACCUCAUCGCCAUGGUCCUCCCGGCCCUCAAGUCCUACCGCGGAUACUUGCUGCCGCUUAACAUGGCCCUAACCUACCUAUGGCUCACCUCCCUGAUCUUCUCGUCUCAGGACUACGCGGGAAACCGGUGCCGCUACUUCUCCCCUAACACCACCCGCCACUGCGGCCUCAAGCACACUGUCCAAGCCUUCCACAUCAUCGGAUUCGUCUUUCUCCUCUUCAACACCAUCCAAGAGGCCCUGAUGUGGGCCAGCUAUCGCCGGGAGAACCAACAACACGGCGCCGUGCACGGAGGCGGAGACCCGGAAAAAGACCGGCCGCUGACCAAUGCUACUGGCACCACCACUGGUACGACCCAAGGCACGACGGGCGGAGCUGUCCCGGGGUUAAUUUACAUGUGCACACACUUAUAA